UGUCAGACAAUUUAGUUCUAUAGGGAAGAGGACUUUUGCUACCAUUUAGACACCCUUGAUUUGUUUACAAACUAUAGUCCUCUGUACCGUACAGAUAUUUUAGUAUGGUGUCUGCAAAGAGCAACCCUCUUAUCACAUUACAAACAAAAAUCUAUGUAUGAACAAGAUAGGCACUAUCUUCAUGAAUUUAUGAACAGGAUCCUCACGUUCACCCUUUUAUAUAGCAGGGUGAUGUCAGGAGAGGUAUUCAUCAACAUUUACAGCUGAAUGUUUAAGGACACAAGGGAUUUUUUCUCUCUAGAGUUAAAAAUUAGAUUCUACAUAAUUAUAUGUUUGUACUUUUGACACUACAAAAACAGUGAGGGAGGAAUACCAGCUUCUCUGUCCUGUGCUUCAAAGCCAUCAUGGCAUUGCCGGUAGAUACCAAAUCGACUAUUUUCAUCUUUGUAAUUCUCUCUCUUGCUACUGUCUGUGAAACAUCAAGAUAUGCUAGCAAAUACAGUGCCGAUCAGUCUCUAAACGCAUACCGAGAUUUUAAUGAUCUCCCGGUGCAGAAGCGCGCGGCAAUGCCGAUUCCACGAUUGCCACCACUCCCCGGAAACGGGACACCUCCUGUUGCUGCCACUGGUACCUGCUCGACAUGGGGACAAGAACACUACAAUACAUUUGAUGGGCAGAUAUAUACGUUUCCGGGUUAUUGCGAAUACAUAUUAGUAGCUGAUUGUCUCGAUUUUUCCUUCCACAUUUACGUACGGAAUGAGGCUGCAGGAGUGUGCUCUGGCAUUGCCCCUUGUAGGCGCUGGGUGACAAUCGAAAACGGUGACCCCUUAAGUUUACUUAAACUGUCACCCAGAGACGAUGGUCCCUUAGUAACUUAUAAAGGAAUACAGCUAACAUUGCCAACGUCAAUUGAUGGAAUGAUCAUUGAAGAAGUAUCUUCGUAUAUUCUGGUUAAAAGCGGUCUUGGGUUCAGUCUUGUUUGGGAUGGGUUCGAAUAUAUUGAUGUUCAUGUUACGUCUACCAGCUUGAAAGGAAGCACCUGUGGUCUAUGUGGCAAAUACAAUGAUAAUCCAAUGGACGACUUUUCAGAUCCACUCGGCGUUGUUCAUGAUGAUCCGUACACAUUCGGUAAUUCUUGGCAAAAUACUCAAACCGAUGAAUGCAUUACUGACACAACUGAUACCACAUACCGAUAUCGGUACAAACUUCCUGAGGUUCUCAAUGACGUUACACGUUUCGAGUUUGAAGUGCGCGCGUACGGUGAUGUGUACAUCUCACUGUCCUCUUCAAACAGCGACGUCGAUCCCAUGUAUGAAAUAUAUAUUGGAGCAAAUAACGAUACCAAGUCUGGUAUUAGGCGUUGCAAACAAUGUCCGACGUUGGCAACCGCUUUAAGAUCAGGCGGAUUCGUGAACAUGGAAACUUUUACCAAAUUCUGGAUAAAAUUGGACAAUGGUCGUAUAUCGGUCGGUGAUGAACAAAGCACAUAUCCAUUUAUGUUCUGGUCCGAUGCUAAUCCACUAAGUAUUCGCUACAUAGGCUACAGCACAUCAUCCAACAGUAUUGGAGUAUUUAGAUUUUGUGGUAUUUCUAGUACAUGUGUUUUGGCUCCGCCCCCGCCAGCUGUGCGGUGUACUGAAGCCAGCUACCCACCCUACUUUUACGACAACCCAGCUUACAAACAUUUAAUUGACCAGGCCAAUUUUGCCACGGAGAGUUGCAACUUGCUGAUGAGUGCGCCAUUUGAUGAGUGUCAUUCGGUUGUUGAUGUUAACCCUUACGUCUACGCCUGUGAAGAAGACCUUUGCUCAUGCAGCAUUUCAAGAGACGAUUGUCCUUGUGAUACAUUUUCUGCUUACGCUCUGGAAUGUUCCAGACAUGAUGUCGUACUGUCUUGGAGAACAAACGAACUCUGUCCUCUUCUCUGUACAAAUGGCACCGUAUAUGACUCAUGCGGUGGGUCUUGUCCGUCUACUUGUGAAAAUCGUCAGAGAGACUGCGUCAGAGAUUAUUGUCUAGAUGGAUGUCAUUGCCCAGAAGGUCAGCUAUGGGAGAAUGGUCAGUGUAUUGACCCCAAUCAAUGCCCAUGUGAAUAUAACAAUAGGGAGUACCCGUCGGGCCAUGUUCUCAAACAAGGAUGUAACACAUGCAAGUGCAGUGGCGGUUUGUGGACUGAUUGUACAAACAAUAUCUGUGGAUCAAAAUGUUGGGCUUCUGGGGAUCCACACUAUCGUACCUUCGACAGCAAGCGUUAUGACUUCCAAGGCGAUUGUUCAUAUGUAUUAGUUCAAGAUUGCUGGGACCACUAUAAUGACUACAGUAUCCAAUCAGAAAACUCACCUUGCAGAGGUCCUGGAAUCACCUGUACAAAAUCGGUCACCAUCAAGAUGGGAGGAUCUACUGUCAUUCUACAAAGGGAAUUUGUGUCGACAUUCGACGGAAUAACUAUUGAUAGCCUUCCUUAUGGAAAUGAUCAUCUGUAUGUUGAGAUGCCAUCAGAAGCAAUGAUCAAGGUGACUUUGAAAAAUAACAUCGAAGUCUUCUGGGACGGAACAAAACGAGUUGAGAUCUCUGUACCGGCAGAACAGUACAAUAAAACGUGCGGUUUAUGUGGAACGUACACUAACAAACAAAACGAUGACUUCUAUACAAGAGCUGGUGAUAUCGAGACGAAUGCUAUCUCAUUUGGCAACAAAUGGAAAGUGUACGGUUCGUGUCCUGAUUUACCAAUAGAUCCAGUCCCUCAUCCUUGUGAUCUAUUCUCACAGAGGGCACCAACUGCCGAAUUGCAAUGUCGGAAACUAAAAGACCAUGAUGAUUUUAAAGAAUGUCAUCAGGUCGUUGACCCAAUUCCUUAUUACCGAGAUUGCCUCUAUGACGUAUGCAACUGUCAACAAAACGGGCUUUGUGAAUGUGACGCAUUUGCCCAGUAUUCAUUAGACUGUGCUAAUAAAGGCGUGGUUUUGGAAUGGAGACAACAGAUUGAUCAAUGCAAGAUCGAGUGUUCAAAUGAGAAUCUUGUAUACUGGGAGUGUGGGCCUUCCUGCUUUACAUCGUGCGCAUCACUUUCAAGCAAUUUCAACUGUACCGAGCAGUGCGUCCAAGGAUGUUCGUGUCCCGAAGGAACGGUGCUUGAUCGGGAUAGUACGUGCGUUAUCCCUGAGGCAUGUAGCUGCGAGAUGGAUGGUUCGGUAUAUAAAUCUGGCGAAGUCGUCCCAAAAGGUUGCGGAGAAUGCACUUGUUUGGGAGGUUCGUUUUUGUGCAGUGACACAAGCUGUCCCAUUACGUGUGGUGUCAACGAGGAAGUGACUAACUGUGUCCCAGAAUGUGUGAAAACUUGCACCAAUAUGCACGAGUUUGAAGACUGCACACCAGCUCAAUGUUUGGAAGGUUGCAAGUGUAAAGACAAUUACGUUUGGGAUGGAUUCGAGUGCGUGCUUCCGAGUCAGUGCCCAUGUCAUCAUGGAGGUAAAAGCCACCAGCCUAAUGACAUCAUCAACAUGGAGUGCAAUAAACUGCAAUGUAAUGGAACAGCGUGGAUACCACUAACUGCCCAUGACUGUCCAGUUACUUGUGUCGCAUGGGGAGACCCACAUUACGAGACAUUUGAUGGUAAGAUGUAUGGCUUCCAAGGAGAUUGUGAAUACGUUUUGGUAACCAAUUACUUAUACCAGCACGUGCAACCUGACUUUCAAAUUACGGCAAAAAACGAGCCGUGUGGAACAUCUACUGUCACCUGUACCAAAAGUGUCAGACUCACUAUCGGAUCAGGCCAGAACCAAGAAACGAUAAUCCUUGACCGAUACUUACCGAUUGAGUCAUCCAGCGAUAUGUUCCGACUUACCGAAGUAGGACUGUCUGUUUUUGUUCACACUGAUAUUGGUGUUACAUUAGUUUGGGAUAAGAAGACAAGGAUCGAGGUUAAAUUGGACCCUAUUCAUAAAAACACUGUUGGAGGAUUAUGUGGAACAUACAAUGGAAAUCAGGAAGAUGAUUUUACCAAAUCUAAUGGUGGUUUCCCUGUUGCGUCUGCGACUGUGUUUGCAAACAGCUGGAAGACAUCAGAGACGUGUGGAAAUGCCCCAGAUUUUAAUGACACUUGUCAAGAGCACCCUCAUCGCAAGCCAUGGGCCCAGCGAAAAUGCAGCAUAAUAAAAUCAGAUACCUUCAAAGAAUGUCACAGCGAGGUUCCUUAUGAGGAGUAUUAUGUCAAUUGUCUGUUUGACGCAUGCGGUUGCGACAGUGGUGGCGAUUGCGAGUGUCUUUGUACAGCUAUAGCUGCUUACGCUCAAGCAUGUAAUGCACAUGGUGUGGCAAUAAAGUGGCGAUCUCAAGAACUUUGUCCAAUUCAAUGUGACGGAUGCUUUACCUACGAUCCAUGUGUUUCUCUAUGCGACACGUGUGAUAAUAGGUAUUAUCGGGAUGCUGACGGCCACUGCCUCGAUAUUUGUGUGGAAGGUUGUAAGUGUCCAGAGGGCGAAUAUCUUCAGGAUGGAGAGUGUGUAAAAACCUGUCCAGAGCCAACUACAUUAGUGCCAACGACAUCUCCAACAACUACACUAACUACGACCACGAUACCAACAACUAACGAAGAGCCAACAACACAGUCUUUAACAACCAGAGUUGUCACCGUCACUGAGUUUGAACCAUCUACAGAGGGUCCUACUAAAGAGGUUAUCACUCCAUCGCAUUCUACUAAGACAAAAACACCGACGCCUGAUCUCACAACUUCAGAGCCGUCAACUACCAAAGUCACAACCCCAGAAUCAACAACCCCCGUCGUCACAACCACAGAACCGACAACCACCGUUACAACUACAAAACUGACAACUAAGGUCACAACAACAGAGCCGACAACAACAGUCAUAACAACAGAACCGACAACCACCGUUACAACCACGGAGCCAACAACUACCUUAACACCGACAAAGUGUGUAACGCAGCCACCAAAAGGUAUUUUAAAAUUAUCUUUUCCAGAAUGUUGGUCCGAAUGGAUGAACGACGAAAAUGGAUCGAAAGUACCGGAUGCUGCUCUUGGAGAAUUUGAACUUCUAGAUGAACUUCGCAAUGAUUACCAAUUUUGUGAAAAUCCGAGCGCGAUUGAAUGUCGUGUGGCAUCAGAACCAUAUUGGCCGUACUACCUCACGGGACAAGAAGUUGAAUGCAAUUUGGAAACAGGAUUAGAGUGUUAUCAUUCUUCAGACGGAUUCUGUUAUGAUUAUGAAAUAAGAGUUAGGUGUGAAUGCCAAGACCAGCCAUUCCCACUCUGUUCCACCACAAUGAGUCCAACUACAAUGAGUCCAACUACAAUGAGUCCAACUACAACAGAAGUGAUAGACGAACAUCGAACUACAGUACUACAAACAUUUGAAUCGCCAACAGCUCAUCAACCUUCAAUUGAACCAACAACGACCCCACAUGAUACGUCUGAAGGACAAACAAAAACAGAGUCGACAACGAGUGUGAAAACGACAACAAGUUCACCAACGACACCAGGAGAGACAACCGUGGAAUCCACUGCAACCGUCUUUGUGACUGAUAUUGAAACAACGGAAUCCACUACAACUGUUGAGUCAACCACAGCAGUUGAACCGACGACGUCUGUAUUAACAACUGAACCAACAACAACUACACUUCCAACAAAGACUAUUAAAACAACAACGCACCCACAUGAUACGACUGAGGAACCAACAACAACAACAGAAUCGACAACUGAACCAACAACGACCACUCUUACAACAACAACUAGGAAAACAACAACGUCCCCACAUGACACGACUGAGGAACCAACAACAAAAGAGUCGACAACGAGUAUGAAAACAACAAAUUCACCAACGCCACCAGAAGAGACAACCGCGGAAUCCACUGCAACCGUCUUUGUGACUGAUAUAUUUACAACAGAAUCCCCUACAAUUGUUGAUUUAACCACAGCAGGUGAACCAACAACAACAGAAUCGACAACUGAACCAACAACGACCACAAUUUCAACAACCACUAUAAAAACAACAACGGCCCCACAUGAUACGACAGAGGAACCAACAACAACAGAAUCGACAACUGAGCCAACGACCACUCUUCCAACAACAACAAUAAAAACAACAACAACCCCACAUGAUACGACUGAGGAACCAACAACAACAAAAUCGACAACUGAACCAACAACAACAACAAAAACAACAACGUCCCCACAUGAUACGACAGAGGAACCAACAACAACAGAAUCGACAACUGAACCAACAACAACAACAAAAACAACAACGUCCCCACAUGAUACGACUGAGGAACCAACAACAACUGAAUCGACAACUGAACCAACAACGACCACAAUUUCAACAACCACUAUAAAAACAACAACGGCCCCACAUGAUACGACAGAGGAACCAACAACAACAGAAUCGACAACUGAGCCAACGACCACUCUUCCAACAACAACAAUAAAAACAACAACCCCACAUGAUACGACUGAGGAACCAACAACAACAGAAUCGACAACUGAACCAACAACAACAACAAAAACAACAACGUCCCCACAUGAUACGACUGAGGAACCAACAACAACUGAAUCGACAACUGAACCAACAACAACCACAAUUCCAACAACUAUGAAAACAACAACGCCUCCACAUGAUACGACUGAGGAACCAACAACAACGGAGUCAACAACAGGUGUGCGAACAACAACAAAUUCACCAACUCCACCAGAGGAGACAACUGCGGAAUCCACUGCAACCGUUUUUGUGACUGAUAUUGAAACAACGGAAUCCACUACAACUGUUGAGUCAACCACAGCAGUUGAACCGACAACAUCUGUAUCGACAUCUGAACCAACAACAACUACACUUCCAACAACGACUAUGAAAACAACAACGCUCCCAAAUGUUGAGACUGAGGAGCCAACAACAACAGAGUCAACAACUGAACCAACAACAACCACACUUCCAACAACAACUAGCAAAAAGACAACACCCCCACAUGAUACGACUGAGGAACCAACAACAACGGAGUCAACAACAGGUGUGCGAACAACAACAAAUUCACCAACUCCACCAGAGGAGACAACUGCGGAAUCCACUGCAACCGUUUUUGUGACUGAUAUUGAAACAACGGAAUCCACUACAACUGUUGAGUCAACCACAGCAGUUGAACCGACAACAUCUGUAUCGACAUCUGAACCAACAACUACACUUCCAACAACGACUAUGAAAACAACAACGCCCCCACAUGUUGAGACUGAGGAGCCAACAACAACAGAGUCAACAACUGAACCAACAACAACCACACUUCCAACAACAACUAGCAAAAAGACAACACCCCCACAUGAUACGACUGAGGAACCAACAACGGAGUCAACAACAGGUGUGCGAACAACAACAAAUUCACCAACUCCACCAGAGGAGACAACUGCGGAAUCCACUGCAACCGUUUUUGUGACUGAUAUUGAAACAACGGAAUCCACUACAACUGUUGAGUCAACCACAGCAGUUGAACCGACAACAUCUGUAUCGACAUCUGAACCAACAACAACUACACUUCCAACAACGACUAUGAAAACAACAACGCCACCACAUGUUGAGACUGAGGAGCCAACAACAACAGAGUCAACAACUGAACCAACAACAACCACACUUCCAACAACAACUAGCAAAAAGACAACAUCCCCACAUGAUACGACUGAGGAACCAACAACAACGGAGUCAACAACAGGUGUGCGAACAACAACAAAUUCACCAACUCCACCAGAGGAGACAACUGCGGAAUCCACUGCAACCGUUUUUGUGACUGAUAUUUAA